CCAGUCCUCUGCUAUCAUGCAUCGUGCUCGAGCGGUCUUGUCGCUGCGACCUGCAGCGGUGAAACGAGCUGCUCUUGUUCAGGCGAGACAAUUGCACCGGCACUCUGAAUGCCAGGCACAAAGGAACGGGCACCAUGGAACAUCUGUGAUCCAGCCUAGCUCGACGUCUCGCGCGAUGUCGACGACUUCUGAGAGGCACGAGCAUAUCACCGAUCUGGGGGAGCUCUACGAAUUCGGGUUACGACAUGUAACUCAUGGCCUCGGAAGGAUCACCACUGGGAUUAUGACCAAGGGCGAUGGGUCCUAUGUGGAGUAUGCAGACGGGAGGAGGCUGCUCGAUUUUACCUGUGGGAUUGGAGUGACCAACCUCGGACACGCGCAUCCACGCAUUAGCGGUGCUGCAGCAGACCAAUGCAUGAAACUGGUCCACUCUCAAUGCAGCAUCUCUCUACACGAGCCCUACCUCCGCCUCAUCGAGCGUCUACUCCCAGUAAUGCCCCACCCAUCCCUGGACUCGUUCUUCUUCUGGAACUCUGGCUCUGAAGCCGUCGAAGCAGCUAUCAAGAUGGCGAGAACCCUCACUGGCCGCCAGAACAUCAUCUGCAUGCAGGGCGCCUAUCACGGCCGGACCAUGGGGGCGAUGGCGGUCACGAAGAGCAAGACUAUUUAUUCGCAAGGCGUGCAUCCUGUGAUGCCGGGUGUGUACUCGAUCCCGUACCCCUACUGGCACCAGGUUGGCGUACCUGUGGAAACACCGACACAUGACCUCGCCACGCUCGCUCUUACGCAGCUCGACCUCGUUUUGGCCCAGCAAUCCGCCCCAUCUGACACUGCUGCGAUCAUCAUCGAGCCUGUCCUGGGAGAGGGUGGCUACGUCCCUGCUCCAGUCGAGUUCCUCCAAGGUCUCCGCGAAGUAUGCGACAAGCACGGCAUCCUCUUGAUUAUUGAUGAAGUCCAAAGUGGUUUUGGGAGGACUGGGACGUACUUUGCAAUCGAGGAGAGUGGUGUGAGGCCGGAUAUCCUCGUUAUGGCCAAGGGAUUGGGUAAUGGGUUCCCAAUUAGCGGGGUUGGAGGAACGUACGCGGGCAACGCUGUAGCUUGCGCUGCUGCAGUUGCGGUACAAGAUGUAAUCCAGGAGGAGUGUGUUCUCGAGAACGUGCAGGCGAGAUCACGAGAGCUCUUCUCUGUCUUAAGAGGGCUCCUUUACGAUCCCAGUAUCCGCCCUCACAUUCUCGACAUCCGCGGUCGCGGUUUGAUGGUCGGCGUGGAGUUCGCGAGUCCAACCGGCAUCGGCGUCGGUGCCCAAUUCGCCGUCGACAACUUCCCUACAACCUCGACAGUCAAUACCCUUACUCUCGGUCCCUCUCCCUACAUCCUACACGACAGCGAGAAGAAAGGCGAGAAUGGCGGUGCAGAAACCCAUCCUCGUGCCAUGGCGAGCCGAGUCGCGAAGAAGUGCAUCGAGAAGGGCAUGUUGAUCCUGACCACGAGCGUGUUCGAAGUGAUCAGGUUUAUCCCGCCCCUCAACAUCUCGAAAGAGGAUUUGGCGAAGGGAUGUCAGAUUUUUGCGGAAGCGGUUAAGGAGGUCGUGGAGGAAGGCUAG